CUGAAGUCAGAACUCAGUGUGGACCGACAGCUGAAUGGACUCGCGUUAACUUUGCCACGUUCGCUCGUGUUUGUUAGAGAACGGCAGUGAGUUCGGGACAGACUGAGAGCGUUUCUACGUCAUGCCCGCUUGGAACCCGGAGUGCGGGGCGCGCGGCGCGAGCGGCUCGAGCGGCUCCUCGGUGCUGCGCUUCAGUCCCGCAGUGAGCUCGCGCUCCACGCACCGCCGCCGCCACCGCUCGGCCCUGCUGCCUUCCGUGCUCACGUUCGCCGUGAUCGUGGCAUCCGGAGGCCUGCUGCUGCUCAUCGAGAAGGGAUUGCUCAACGGCAUGCACACUCCAUCGCCUCUGGCGAACGGCAGGAAGCCCGAGUACCGGCUCGCGCCGCGGGAUCCAGCUGUGGACGUGGAAUCGCAGAUUUUGCAGGAUAUCCGUAACCGCACAAUCAGGGCGAUGUGUGGCCAUGAGAACACAGCUCACAGCGUGUGGUCUCUCAGCUCGGCGCAGAGGAAAACCCUGCUGCAGCACAUCCUGGUGAACGAGAAGCAUCGCUUCCUCUACUGCUAUGUGCCCAAGGUGGCCUGCUCCAACUGGAAGCGAGUGCUGAAGGUGUUGAGUGGCGCGUUGACUGACGUCCACGUUCAGGUGAAGAUGGACCACCACGCCGACCUGCUCUUCCUCUCUGACUUCUCGCCUGAGGAGAUCCGCUACCGUUUGAGCCACUACUUCAAGUUCAUGUUUGUGCGUGAGCCGAUGGCACGCCUGCUCUCUGCUUACCGGAACAAGUUCGGUGAGAUCAAGGCCUACCAGCACAAAUACGGCACGGAGAUUAUCCGGCGUUACCGGAAAGGUUAUGCAAAGAAUAACCUGAAAGUAGCUGGGGACGACGUGACGUUUGCGGAGUUUGUGCGCUACCUGCUGGACGAGGACCCUGAGCGCAUGAACGAGCACUGGAUGCCCAUAUACAACCUGUGCCAGCCGUGCGCUGUUCAGUAUAACUUUAUCGGCUCGUAUGAGAGGUUAGAGAGCGACGCGGCAUACGUGUUGGAGCGCAUCGGUGCGCCACAACACGUGCAAUUUCCUGAACGUCAGGCGUGGUAUAAACCUGUUACAAAGGAAACGUUGCAUUAUUAUCUAUGUACUGUUCCUCAGAAGCUGCUUCGGGAACUUUUGCCAAAGUAUAUUCUAGACUUUUCUCUUUUUGGUUAUCCUCUGCCCAACAUCACCACCGAGUACUGUCGACACUAGCAGAGACUUGACCUAAUAAUAGUCUUUUGUACAAAUGUAUAUCACAGCCGUUUCCUUUUAUGCAAUCUUUGAAGUUUCGGUAUUUUGAAUUUCCUGAUUGAAUUUUCUUCUACAUCAACAAGAGUUUGUACAGAAUUGGGAAUAUAUUUCACCUCUGACCUCUGAACGGUGUGUUUGACAGCUAUUUAAAAGAUUAACCACUAUUUAGCACUGGAACAGAGGCAAAGUUUCUAAUAACUGAAAUCUAUUUUUAUGGACACCAUAACUAAUAGUAUUUGCCACAUAUUUGAGGCAAUUCAAUUCAAGUUGUGCUGGGCACAAACAGACUUUUUUUUUUAAUAAUGCAUCAAUAAGCACAAGAAUUUUCAUUAUCAAGCAUUACACUUUCAAAUGUCAUUUAUGUAGCUGUUUUCCUUGGUGUAUUCAUUCUAGGAUUUAAAGAAAGAAAAAAAGACAUGGGGCAAGCAACAUGAUUCAGGGAUAGUAGAUCAGCGUUGUACAUGGGCAUGUUUCUCUGUGUUAGAAUAUCCAAAUGCCAUCUGAAAUUGUUCAUGCACCUUCCCAAGGGCCAACAUUAGAAACUGUUUCUGUUUGAAGCAGGAACAAAUAUCACUGUAAAUACACAUUUUAUAUAGUGGACACUAGCACUAUGCAAAUACUCCUCAAACACAUUAAGCCAUAUCUGGACAAAAAGAGUCCCAUCUUUGAGACUGUCUCGGCUUAAAUCCCUUAAAUAUGCAGUUUCACAACCAAAAAGGCUCUUUCCCUUUUGGUUGCGAAUCUGCAUUCUUAAGGGAUUCUAGCCAGAGGAAAUAUGGUGAAGUCUAUGGCUUAAGCUCAUGGUUAAAAUAAUCUCCAG